AUAUUAAAAUAAAAUGUUGCAAAUCUCAAAAACUCUCAGUUUCCUACAAGAGUUAAAGCCUGCCGGUGUUAUUCUCUCUACCUUUUCAUCCUUGAUUCGUCUUACUCACAUAUAUAUAUCUCUUUCUAGUUUGUGUCACACUCAAUAAUCUUUUUGCCUUUAGAAUCUUGGAUUUAACUCACUUCAGAGUUCAUUAUGUCUGCUAACAAUGAUGCUUUGCUACACCUGAUCUGCUACCACAGUUCCACUUUCUGCUAAUUGUUCUUUCUUACCUUUGAAUUUGCAGCUUCACAACUUCCACUUCACUGACUUACUUGUUUUGACUUUGACCUCUUUUAUCUUGAAUUUUCAUACAUGUGACUGUCAACUUCAUUCACAUUGAUUUAUUUGAUUUGAUGUUGUAUAAUAGGAGUGUCUUAGAUCUGUGUGAUUAAUUUGGUUAAUCAAUCUGGCAUGUGGGUGAUUAUUAUUCAUAGUAAGCCAAAGGUGUAUUGUUCUUGAAUCAAGGGAAGUGAUUAUGAGGUCCAUAGAGGAUAAGGGGUGCUUGAAUCUUGGAUCACCAGGUCCAAACUUGGAGUUUCACAAAGGAAACCGCGGUUCCCACCACCACCGCACUGCUCUAGGCAAACCCACACCAUCUAAAUGGGACGAUGCCCAAAAAUGGUUGGUUAAUCUCUCUAGAGGCAUAGAUAAGAGCCAGUCCAACAGCGAGCCACGUGAUUCCAAUGCAGACGACAGGAGACUCAUCGCACCGCUUCCCGUCCCAAGCAGUGAAGAUGAACUAGUUAUAGAAACUAAAAAGGUUGAUUUCGGUGAUUCAGUUUAUGUAAGAGACAUGGGGACCGAAAUGACCCCUAUGGCUAGUCAAGAGCCUUCAAGAUCUGCCACACCGGUUCGAGCCACAACCCCGGCUGCACGCAGCCCUAUGGCCUCUGGUUCGUCAACUCCUGCAAGACCACCAAGUCCACCACCAAGAGUUGAUGCCACAAGGUUUGGGCGAGAAAAUGAUCAAGAAAGUAAUAUUGGUGAAGGUGUGGUUGAAAAUCAAAAUAGAAACCAGCCUCGUCAAGAUCCUAAAUUAAAUCCUCUUGAAACCCGAGCAUUGGCUUGGGAUGAGGCCGAACGUGCUAAAUACAUGGCAAGGUUCAAGCGCGAAGAGGUGAAGAUAGAAGCUUGGGAGAAUCAUGAAAAGAGAAAGGCCGAGAUGGAAAUGAAAAGAAUGGAGGCCAAGGCGGAAAGGAUGAAAUCUCGUGCGCAAGAGAAGUAUCAGAAUAAACUCGCUUCGACAAGGAGGAUAGCAGAGGAAAAGCGAGCAAAAGCGGAGGCCGUUUUGAAUGAAAAAGCUGUAAAAACUUGUGAAAGAGCAGAUUAUAUAAGGAGGACCGGUCACUUGCCCUCUUCUUUCUCCAUUAAGCUGCCCUGGUGUUGUUGGUAGCACCACUCUGCUACCUGUGGCCACCAUCUCCAUCUCCAUCUUCAUUGGUUGUUGAUUCAUGUUAUGUCCAUCAUGCUUUUUCUCCUUAUAAUGUUUAAUUCAAAUUGAUUUCAUUUGUUCAAAAUGAUAGUUUCUUUUUAAAGUUUUAUUGUGUUUUAAUAUAGAAAAAUUGAUUAUGAUAAA